GCGAGGUCUAUUGUUGCUAUUGGAAAAUAUAUGCUGAAGGGAAGGUUAUUGGUGACGUCACGUAUCACGUGGCCGAUUCUCCAAUAUUCAGUUCCAGUGACAUAAACACAUCAAUGAUCAGUGCUCUAUUUGGAAGGAACUGAAAGAUUCAAGUUAGAUUAAAAAAAAACAGAAACGGGUACAGAAGAGAACAAACUGUUAAGCUCAAAGAGAAUCGAUAUUCUUUGUUUUGGACGUUGGUGAGAUGAAAAUUAGGACAUGGAAUCGUAACAUACUCUUAACAGUGGUUUUAGGGGUUUUAUAUCUGGGAUUCUCAACGACAUGGGGUAGGGAAGUUUCCACCAAUCACUGGUAUGUGGAAUUAGAUGGUGAUGGGGGGAUAGAGGCAGCAAGGGAAGUGGCCAAAAGAACUGGAUUUACAUACGUGAGACCGAUUUUAGGUUCUUCAAAUGAAUUUCAUUUUGUGCAUUCCGCUGUGCCAAACAUCAGGACCAAAAGAAGUAUUGGCCAUACGAGAUUACUUAAGGCUCACCCAAAGGUAAAGCGAGCCGUACAACAGACGGGGUAUCUUCGAGUGAAGAGAGGAUUUAAGCCAAGAAUUACCGGAGUUCCAGUGUCUGAAAUUAAGCUUAAGUUACAGUCAAUGGAUGACGAUAAAUUCAAAGAUGUGAACGUCCAUAUUGACAACAACAAAAGUCCAACAGAUCCCCUGUUUAAAAAAGAAUGGUUUUUGAAAAAUGUAGGACAGUCUGGUGGAAUUCCCGGUUUGGAUCUGAAUGUGGAGGCAGCCUGGGCCCGAGGCUUUACUGGUAAAGCCAUAACGACGGCCAUCAUGGACGAUGGAAUCGAUUACCUACACGAAGAUCUCCGACAUAGUUAUAAUGCCAAAGCCAGUUACGAUUUCAGCAGUAAUGAUCCAUAUCCUUACCCCCGAUACACCGACACCUGGUUCAACAGUCACGGUACAAGAUGCGCUGGUGAAGUUUCUGCUGCCAGAGACAACAAUAUAUGUGGAGUUGGCGUAGCCUACAACUCACGCGUAGCAGGUCUACGAAUGCUGGAUCAGCCCUUUAUGACUGAUCUUAUAGAAGCUAACGCCAUGGGUCAUAUGCCCAAUGAUAUCGAUAUAUACAGCGCCAGCUGGGGGCCAACGGAUGAUGGUAAAACUGUAGACGGACCUCGAAAUAUGACCAUGAGAGCCAUUGUUAAAGGCGUGAACGAGGGAAGACAUGGAUUGGGUAACAUCUAUGUAUGGGCUUCUGGCGACGGGGGAGCAGACGACGAUUGCAACUGUGACGGGUAUGCCGCCAGUAUGUGGACAAUUUCCAUCAACUCUGCCACCAACGACGGACAGACAGCCGGAUACGAUGAAUCUUGUUCUUCUACUCUUGCCUCUACAUUCAGUAAUGGCAAAAGCACUUUAAGAGAUGCUGGCGUGGCCACAACUGAUUUGUACAACAACUGUACCACAACUCACUCGGGAACGUCUGCAGCCGCACCGGAAGCCGCUGGUGUUUUUGCACUAGCACUUGAAGCAAACCCCAAACUGACCUGGAGAGACAUGCAACACUUGACAGUAUUAACCUCUAAGAGAAACAGCCUGUUUGAUCCUUUCCUGAAGCACCACUGGAAGUACAAUGGAGCAGGGCUGGAGUUCAACCACUUGUUUGGUUAUGGAGUUCUAGAUGCCGGCGGCAUGGUAGAUUUGGCACAAAAAUGGAAACCUCUUCCAGAGCGAUUCCACUGCACAGCUGGAAGCGUCAAGAGAGAAGUAAAAUUUGGAACAGAGCAACCCAUUGAGUUAAAAAUUGACACUGAUGCUUGCAAGGGAAGCGACAAUGAAGUAAACUACUUGGAGCACGUGCAAGUCUUUGUCACAUUGAAAGCUUCCUACAGAGGAAAUGUCGUUAUGUUUGUGACGUCACCAAUGAACACAACAACUAUGGUGCUGAGUCAGCGACCAAAUGACGAUGACCACAAGAAUGGUUUUACUCGAUGGCCCUUCAUGACGACCCAUACGUGGGCGGAGAACCCGCGAGGCCUUUGGAAGCUACAGAUUUCAAUGGCCCCUGGAAAGAACAAUGCUAUGGAUACCGGAACCUUCUUUGAGUGGACUUUGAUUCUACAUGGCACAAAGGAAGCGCCGUACGAUAAACAGGUCGAAGAUGAAGAAAAGCACGUCAAACUUUACAAAGUUAAAAGGAUUCAUGCCGCCAUGAAGAAGGCUUAAACAUCAAUCUAGAUGUUCUCUUUAGAGCUGUUGUUAGUAAAAAUAAAAGAUAACGAAAAAGAUAGAGAAUAUCUUAAGAAAAUAAAUUAUUUGAAUCCGAUUGCCCUUAAUAUAAUAAUGUACCAAAUGUCACCAUUCAAAUUUUGUGCUAAAAAAUAAAUCCCAAAUUUUAUAAGUAAGCAAAUUAUAUCUAAAAGGGCAAAGUUUUUUUUUUCUUUUAACGGUUAAGAUGCAUGUGUAAGUCUAACUUUAAGUAAACUUGAAAAUAUAAAGCCAGUAUUGUUGAUGUUGAAAUGGAUUAUAUAUUUACAUCGUCUAUCAUUCUGUUAGGAGUUAGAACAGAAAAAGUAAUUAAAGAAAUUUUGUUGUUAUUAAUUGUUGUUAAUGUUGUUGUUAACGAAGUUUGGGAUAUUUCAAAACUAUUUCCCCUUUUAAUGUUUACUUCAAACAUCAAAAUAUUUUUAAUAUUAAAUCUAUUCUUAUGCAUGCAGUAUUAAUUUUUGACACGAAUUAAGUCCCCCCAGAUGAGAGAAUUCAGGCCCUAUUGAAUUCUUCAAGAAAACAAAUAUAUUGAAUAAAAGGUCAAUUUUGGAUCAGAGAAGAAUGCAAUAUAUUUGUAAAAUUCUUUGAAUGAAAUAUAUAUACAUGAACCACAAGACUGAAAAAAAAUUGGUGAAAUUGUAUUGCAAUAAUAAAAGGUCAAUGAAGAAUGGCAUUUUUAAAUGAAAUAUAAAUACAUGAAUUACAAGAUUAUAACAAACAUUUGUUUAAGUUUGCUGUAUCCUUUUUGUUGUUUUACUUUUAUAACAGUUAUUUACCAAAAAGCAAAAUUAAAAAAAAUGCAUUUGACUUUUGAAGUUAGAAUUCACUUGAAUGUUCAUUUUGCCAAGUUCUAUGUAUGCAAUUCGAUGAUCUUAUAAUUCGAUUUUAUGCAAAUUGACUUCAGAGAGAGAAAAAAUGUAAAUUGAUUUUUCAUAAAUGUUUAAGGCGAAACUAUAAUUAAUCAAAGUGGAAUAUUGGCAUUAUCUUAAUAUCAUUUUGAAAAAUUAUCAAAUAAAUUUAAUCUUUCUAAA